GCCAGCGGCCCACGAGCGAUCGGGGGAAGGAGCCUGCAGCGGGGUUGCCAGGCGAGCGGGGACUCCCCGAGCACUUCCAGGGAGCGGGCAGAGCUCACGCCUAGCGCCCCCCCCUCGCUUUGCAAGCGCUGAAGCGAAGGGACUGGGGACGUGGGAUCCGAACAGCAGAGGAGGAAACCGCCACUGGAGCAGACUCCGUCCGCGGUGCCCUGGGUCCGGGGCAGGGAUCAUGGCGACCGGAACCCAGAAGUUCAAAGCGUUUGUGUCUGAGCCGAUGGGCGAUAAGGACGUUACAGCAGUGGAUGGCAUUAAUGACGAGCUUGGACUAAAAUUAGCUACAAAGGGUUUUGACAAGGCAUACAUCCUUCUGGGCCAAUUCCUCCUGUUAAAAAAGGACCAUGCGGUUUUCCAAAGGUGGCUGAAAGGGGCAUAUGGAGCCAGUCCGAGCCAGGCUCAGCGGUGCGCCUCCUGUCUGACAGACUGGUGCUACGCCUUCCUCUAGGGAGCUGGCUGCAUAGCCCUCGUGGUGUGUUCUGUGGACUGCAAUAAAGUCUUUCCUGCCUUGAA